AAUCUCCUUGGAGCACGAAUAUAGGCAUGUAGUAGAAAUAUAGUAGACAUUUUGCUGAUUAGGCUUGUUUGUUUGUUUUUAGAACACGCUCUUCUCGAAGAGACUUUAUUUCAAAGGGACCUCUUCUCUACAGCCUGUUGUUUUUUGGAGGAAAAAGGGGGCGUCUGUCUCCUGUGACGCUGGACAAAAUUCUGGCAGUUCUUUAUUUCAAUUACACGCUUCCGUAUUUUAUGUUUGUAUCAUAACAUGGAUAUAUCAUGGCAACAUCAUAUAUAACAUGGACAUAUCAUGGUACAUGAUUUGUAUCAUAUAUUUUUGUCGCAAGAUAAAUACAUAAGUGAAGUACUAUUUUUUUUUUGCUGUGGAGUGGUUAUGGUUCGUUUUUUCUCAUUUCUAUUUCGGUAAAAUGACGCCAGUGCCUGGUUCUGGGCACUGACAUACACAAGUGGCACAUUUUUGCUACCUGGGCUUCCCUGGGAGUUACCAGGCCUUGCAGGAUUUAAUUUGCGUGUGCCAUCAUCCAGAAUCUGCAUGCUUGUGGCAAGGCAGAGAUCCUCACUUAUUUUACUUAAGUGAUGGAACCAUACACUAAAGAAAAAAAAUCACCCUUGGGUCUUUGGCAUUCAUGUUUGUGUGAAAGAAUCUAGGAUGUUCCAAGAAAAAGCAUCAGCCAGUUGCUUAAAUAUAGUAACAACAUCUACUGAAGAUGGUGCUUUUCAAAAGAAAGGCCAUAGUGCAAGAGUCCUUAGCCCAGAGGAAGCUGAGAGACUGGCAAAAGAUAAGGUUUUGGUGUCUGAGUUCAAACAACUAAAACUGGAGAAAGAGGCACAGAAGAACUGGGAUCUGUUUUACAAAAGAAAUAGUACCAACUUCUUCAAAGACAGACAUUGGACAACCAGAGAGUUUCAAGAGUUAAAAGCAUGUCGUGAGUUUGCAGAUCAGAAGCUGACCAUUCUGGAAGCAGGCUGUGGGGUUGGGAACUGCUUGUUUCCACUCUUAGAAGAAGAUCUGAAUAUUUUUGCAUAUGCCUGUGAUUUCUCUCCUAGAGCUGUUGAGUACGUGAAGAAAAAUGCCCUAUACAGUACUGAAAGAUGUAAAGUGUUCCAGUGCGAUCUUACCAAAGAUGAUCUUCUAGACAAUAUACCAGCAGAUUCUGUGGAUGUUGUCACACUUAUAUUUGUCCUUUCUGCCAUUCAUCCUGACAAAAUGAAUCUUGUCUUGAAGAACAUUUACAAGGUAUUAAAACCAGGCAAGUGUGUCUUGUUCCGGGACUAUGGACUGUAUGACCACGCAAUGCUCAGGUUUAAAUCCGGCAGCAAACUUGGAGAAAACUUCUAUGUUAGACAAGAUGGGACAAGAUCGUAUUUUUUUACUGAAGAGUUCUUAUCUCAGCUUUUCAAGGCUGAGGGAUAUGAGCAAGUGGUCAAUGAAUAUGUGCAGCGAGAAACUGUGAAUAGGAAAGAAGACUUACGUGUUCCAAGAGUUUUUCUUCAAGGCAAAUUUCAAAAGCCUUUCAGUAAGAUGUUAAGUUCUUGCUGAUUAGCAACAGCAUUGCUUGUUUGAAAUGGCAGCUAGCACAUAGCCUCGUGUGUGCUCAUCUUUCUGGUAAACCAGAAAUGACUGCAUCCAGUGCCUCCUGUUGGUUUCCGUCCUCGGAUACAAAAUAAGAAUGUUACUUCUAAUUCACGUCUAAGAUGGUUUACUGAUGCAGACAACCUGUUGAGUGUCUGUAUUCCUACUUAAAAAGUAAAACCUGCGCAACACUUAGAGGAUCAGGUAAAGCACACUAAAUAAGGUUAAUUUUAUGCAUUAGCUUCCAUUAGUUAUCAUCAUAAUUGUUAUUUUAAUUUUUAUUAAAAACUAUUUUUUAAAUAAACAUCCUGUGUUUCUUAUCA